AGGUGUUUCAGCAAGAUAACAAGCAGCGGCAGGAGAACAGGACUUCUCGCACUAGUGGAUCUACUUCUGAGGAAACGCAGCCUAUUGUUACAGGAUCGACUGUAGCUUUCAUCGCACACUCGUAAAACACAAACACCGCCAAAAUGAGAGGAUCCUCCUAUUCCCAGAAAACUCUGCAGGUGAGCGGCUCAUCCAACAGGAUGCGCGUCCAGAGUCCGUCCCCGUCCCGUUGCCGCGGAUCCUCGUACAACAACCGAGGCCGCUCCGGUUUCCAGGGCAGCGCGGUGGAGGUCGGCACUGAGAUCCAUCAGCACCACGCCAACGAGAAGGAGGAAAUGCAGGAGCUGAACGUCAAGUUUGCCGGCUACAUCGAGAAGGUCCAGGCGCUAGAACACAGGAACGCCACGCUCCAGGCCGAGCUGGCCGCGCUUCAAGGCCGCUUCAAGGGAGGCCCAACCGGAGUCGGAGAAGAGUACGAGCUCAAGUUCAAGGAGAUGAGGGAACUGAUUGAGUCAUUGACCAACGAAAAGGGAGCAGCUGACAUCGAGAGAGGCUACAUUGAGGAGGAGGUUGAGGUGUGGACGAUGAGACUGGAAGAGGAGAUGGCACUCAAAGAGGAGGCCGAGAUGAUCUUGAAAGAGUUCCGCCAGGAUGUGGACAACGCUACCCUGCAGAAGGCCGACCUGGAGAAGCGGGUUGAGCAGCUGGUGGCCGAGAUCGAGUUCCUGAAGAAGCUGCAUGACGAGGAAGUGGCCGACCUGGUGAGGCAGAUCGAGGACUCCAAGGUCACGGCCCAGCUGGACGGCGACCGGCCUGACCUCGCCGCCUACCUCCGCAACAUGCGGGUGGAGAUCGAGGCCGUGGCGGCCCGCAACGUCCAGGAGGCGGAGAAGUGGUACAAGGGCAAAUUCGACACGCUGAAGGAGCACGCCGGCAAGCACGAGGGCCAGAUGAAGAGCAUGAAGGAGGAGAUCAGCGUCUUCCACAACCAGGUGUCCGACCUGCAGAACCAAAUCGACAGCCUGAGGGCCCGCAACGCCGCCAUGGAGCAGCAGCUGGAGGACAUGGAGGUGAACCACCAGGACAAGGUGGGCGGUCUGGAGGGCAUCAUCGCCCAGCUGGAGGCCCAGCUGUGCGAGACCAAGUUGGAGAUGAGCAAGUACCUGCAGGACUACCAGGAGCUGCUGCACAUCAAGCUGAGGCUGGAUGCUGAGAUCGCCACCUACAGGAAGCUGCUGGAAGGAGAGGAGCAGAGGCUGGGCAUCGCUGGAGAGGGAGAGCCUGCAGUCUAAAGUCAUUCCUGACAGAGGAAAGUCUCAAACAUGACGUGUCCAUCAUAGAGGAGAGGACUUGGAGUCUUGCCAUGGGGAGGAGCCUCUACCAGUCGCAGGAGGUCUGACAGCCCCACAACAGCCCUCCAUCCCUCCACCCCUCCACUCUACAGCUUCCCUUCAACUUGAAUCUUCACCUUUCAACAUCUCCACUUUCCUC